AUGGCGUAUGUAUUAAUCUUAUUGGAUCAUUUACCUGUAGCUGUUCGUCUGGUUAUCGAUUCUACAAUGAAACAUGUGUUGGGAAGUUGUUUUACAAAAGAAAAUGAAAUAAAUAUACUGGAUUCUCUAUCUUCUGAAUAUAUUGAUGAAUAUAUUGAACCAGAUUUCAUUGGUGCUUUUCUUCGUCGCUGUAGUGAUGCAUGUCGUGAUCUAAAUUAUGGUUAUGGUUGUAAGCAAUCAUGUGAAUGUGUCCAUGGAAAAUACAAUGGAAAUACAACACAUGCAAAUGAGAGUUGUACUUGUGAUCCCAGAUAUCAACCACCUCUUAGUUUUCAACUUAUUGAUCAAUGUGGUAGGAAUAUUUCAUUUGUCAAUCGAUCUUUAGGUUAUGAAGGAAGUUUUUUCUUGUUCUUAUCAGCAAUUAAUAGUCCAUGUAAUAAUGCAACAGAAGAUCGUGCAUUAGAUCCAAAUAAUUGUAUUACGAUUUGUGCUUGUCAACUUGGUGAUGAAAGACCCAACACAACUACGAUUUGUAUAGGUAUGAGUAAUCAAUAA